AUGGAGGCAAAGACUACCCCGACGAAGCAUUGCUAUGAGUACGAACCACUACCCGACGGGCUAUUUGCUCGAUACCUAUACCUUCAUCCAGCGAAUACGGACACUGAUCCCCUCAUUUGUACUAUGUUUACCGCCCAUCUGGAUGAAAUUCCUGACUUUGAAGCAAUCUCUUACGUAUGGGGUAUAGCAUUUAAAAUCCACACGAUUAGUUGCGAUGGCAAGACCAUUCCCAUUACAUUUAAUUUGCGCGAUGCUCUCAGCCAGGUCCGGUUGAAGAAUAAACCGCGAACCCUCUGGGUUGAUUCGAUUUGCAUCAAUCAAGCAGAUCCGCAAGAACAAAGUCAUCAGGUAUCCUUGAUGGGGGGUAUAUAUAAGAAGUCGACUCGUACACUCAUCUGCCUACGAUCGUCUGAUCAUGUUCAUGCUUCUAUCGUUGCAAAUCUGGUCAUUGACAUUGGCUACAUGAUUGAGAGCGUUUUCAAGAAAGCGAACUUCUGCUGGGGUGCCAAUAGUUUUCCGUUUCCCGAUGAGGAGGAUCUCCUUCUCUUCCAUCGUGGAUGGAAAUCCUUUGGUGUCCUGUUACAACAGCCUUGGUUCAAACGGGGCUGGGUGGUCCAGGAAGCAGCACUUAAUGAAGACACACUUCUUCUAUGGGCAGACGCGAGUAUCAAGUGGCUGGAGCUUCUCCGUACUUAUACCUGGUAUGUUCGUAGAGCACUAGAACUUCCGAACAUUCAACAGUUGUGGUUGUCAGACCUGCAUCUUCAAGGAUUCUAUCUUCACCGAUACGACGAAGCUAUCACUUUCAGGGGCGACAGUGAUGUUGGACCCUAUUCCUUUCUCGAGAUCUUAAAUCAUGCCAGGUGGCUUGAUGUUACCGAUCACAGAGAUAGAAUAUACGCUUUCCUUGGCCUUCCUAAGUCUGACAAGCUUCGUCCUAUAUUGCAGCCGAAUUAUGAGCUUACAUAUUCUCAUGUGUAUCAAAGUUUCGCUUGCGAGUAUCUCAAGGUUAGCAAAGAUCUGGAUAUUUUGCAUUUUAAUACCCUACAAGUUCGAGCGGUGAUUAUAGACACCGUCAAACUGGCUGCAAUGGGUUAUGACAAGAAUUCUACGACACCUAAAGACAUUACGUUGCUCUGGAAGUCUAUAUCGACAAGCUCAAUCAUACCACCCUACCCAUGUACUCCUCUGCUGGUUUUUGUUGAUAUAUUCCGUUGUGGAAUUUAUCGGGGGCGAUUGAAGGAGUGGAGGACUCUUGAGUCGGCGUACAUACGUUUCUUGCAGCAAGAGUUACUUCAAGGAGACGCCUUGUAUGAAGAUGCUAAGCUUUUCCAUGAAAAGAGGAUGGAGGAUGUACACAACAAAAGUUUUGUUGUAACGGCCCGUGGAUAUUACGGUCUAGCACCUGACAUUGUAGAGGUAGAUGAUGUUUGUUGUAUAAUAUUUGGGACAAGAUCACCUUUCAUAUUGCGUAGACUGAACCGAGCCGGCUGCUAUAAACUGGUGGGUUCAGUACUGCUUCUCAGUGAAAAGCUUGAUCACAACGGACGUCCAGGAGCAUUAGGGAGGGAUGAGGAUUGCCAGGAAUGGACAGAAUGGGGGCUAGAAGAGGAAGAUAUUUCUCUGUGCUGA